AUGAAUGACGAUGACGAUCGUACACCGGAGGCAUCUUCGGAAGAAUCUGAUGCGGAAUUUGAAGACGGCUGUGACGGUGUGAAUUAUAGUGCUCAUUUUGUGACGAACACGUAUUUUCCAACGUUUGAAAAUGCAGUAAAAUGGGCGGAUGCUGUUUCCAUAAAUCUUGAAUUUAUUUUGGUUAAGUCUUCGUACAACAAAACUAGAGAUGGGAGGCCUUAUCGAUAUACUACGAGUUUGUCAUCGAUAGUUGGAAGAUCCGGGCAAAAAAAUGAUGCAACUGGGACCCAUAACCAUCCAAUGAUUAUGUAUCAGGAGGGUCAUCGUAAAAUUAGUGGGUUGAGCCCGGAUGCGAAGAAGGUUGUGCGUGACAUGACGAAGUCCAAGGUUGCACCACGUAACAUCAUGGCGACUAUUGCAGAGCAAUUUCCUGAUGAUCAUCCAAACAUCAGACACAUUUACAACUGCCGGAAUGACUUGAGAACGGAGAUGUCUGAUGGGAGAGGAGUUGUUCAGCAAUGUCUUCAUUUGGCGAGACAGAAUCAGUAUCUUUAA